CUCCCCCUUUCUCUCCCUUCAUGUAAUUUAUACACUUCAGAAAGUAUUCAACUAGUUCCAUACUCCAUUCCAGUCGGUGGCGGUAAUGCACCUAUAAGUCUGGUUGCCAACCGCCAGUAAAACCAAAAGAAGAAGAAGAAGAAGAAGAGCCAGAAGAUCCGGAUCAGCGAGUGAAAAUAUCCGUGUUUUCUCCCAGGAUAAACCGAACCGCGUGUGUGGAGAAUGCAAAAGGGCGAGUUUGGGUCCGGGGACGCCAAAUCAACCGAGAGAGAUGGGUUUGUGGAGGAGGUUGUGGCGUCUGAACUGCUCCUGGAUCAGUCCUGUCCCGGUCUCCUGUUUGCAGAUCUGGAGAAACACACGGAGGACUGGAGCCUGCAGCCACACUGCAGUCUGAAUGACAGCGAGUCUGAGGAAGUCCUGAACGCCAUAAACCCAAACCAGAUGUACGUGUCUGCGGUGUGUGAGAGCGACAGCGGUGUGUCUGAGGACCAGAGCUCAGACGGGGCCCACGAACACACCAGCAGCUCCGCAUCACAGCUGCCCGUCUAUCAGGUGGUGUAUGACAUCAGCGGUGUGGGUGGGGCCAGUGCAGAGCCACACCCACCACAUGUGGACGUGAUCUCCAUACAGCUGGACGAGUGGAGCUCUCAGAUGCUGCUGUCGGAGUCGUGUGUGGUCAACGAGCUGCUGUCGCCAGUGAAGACGGAGGAUGUUUCUGCUCUCGACAUGCAGAGUCUGCAGGAGGACGACGGCUUUCUGGUGUGUGUCAAGAUCUGCAGGAUCUCUCAGGCUGAGGAGCGAAUCUUGAAGAAAGUGAGACGGAAGAUCCGGAAUAAACUCUCGGCUCAGGACAGCAGGAGGAGGAAGAAGGAGUACAUCGACGGCCUGGAGAGCAGGUACACACACACCUCUGAUCAUUCACACACACCUCUGAUCAUUCACACACAAUACCGGCGCGUCCAUAGAAGCGACCUAGGCAGCCGUCUAGGGCAGCAGAAUUGGUCUCUGGUGGCGCAGCUACACAGACUGCAGGCUCUGAUCAAGCAGACGGCCACUAAAGCUGCGCAGACGAGCACAUGUCUGAUGAUCCUCCUGUUCUCUCUGGCUCUGCUGAUCUUCCCCAGCUUGAGUCCAUUCCACCGCAGCUCAGAGUCUCUGCAGGACAGCUACGCUCCGGCCGCCGUGAUCUCCAGAAACAUCCUGAAUGACGUGAGCUCUGCUUCCUCUGCGCUGCUGGACGACUCGGUUCUCCAUAAACCCAUGAUUCCUCCAGAUCCUCCGUCAGAGCAGCGAGCAGCAGACCUGGAGGUGGACGAACGGCUGAUCCAGGACUCGGUGAUGGUACGAGAGUCCAGUCACGCUCAGAGCAACGGCAGCACAGAGAGCCAAACACACACAGACCUGCAGCCGCUGGCGAUAGCUGCAAACACAGACAAACUCCCACAUGCGGACGAGAUGUGAGACGUGUGUGUGUGUGCGUGUGCGUGUGUGUGUGUGUGUGUGUCUGCUCUCUCACUCUUAUGCACUCUUAUUUAUUUAAGAACUCUGGGAAUGUG